CGGAGCUAAUGAAAGCCAUCUCUAAAGUUUUGCAGUGAAAAUAAACAGCCGGAGAUUUGGACCUGGAGUUUAUUACACGACUGUAAUUAUUUUCUUUCUUUUUUUUUAAAUUAUAUAUUGUGUCCGGGAUGUGUUUUGGGAAGUGAAGAGCAGUUGAUGUCGUUUAUUGAACCUUCAUGGAUGUGCAGGACGAGGAGGCGAUGAGCUUUGGCUCUGGAUUAAAGGCUGUGUGUUAGAAAGAGCAGCUCUGCAGUGGUUUGUUCAGAGAGAGCUGGUGACUUUAUUGCAGCUGGGAUGGACCGAGAGAGGAGUUCUUCACUACAGGAUAGCGUUCAUUACUGUUGGUAACAAACCAAGUCCAAGUUUUGUCUGAAAUUUUACUUGGAGGUCGUCUCUUUUUUCGACCUCAUCAUGUGGAGUUUGUGGCUUUGUGGUCAGCUUUUAGCUGGAGUUCUACUGUACAUGUGCAGUCACACGGUCAGAGGUGUUAAUGUAUGUGUUGGUGGCGGUGCCACAUCUUGUGAAGAAUGUCUCCGGCUUCACCCGACCUGCGCCUGGUGCUCCCAAGAGAACUUUGGAAGGGGAAGGACAUUCUUGUCACAAUGCGAUCUGAGCCAGAACUUACUGAAAAGGGGCUGCAAGGCUCAUUAUAUUGAAAACCCAAGGAGCAUCAUUUCCAUCCUCCAGAACAAACCCUUGAGCUCCAAAAGCUCAAUGUCCGCUCAGUAUGACGUCAUCCAGAUCCAGCCACAGCAGAUUUCACUCAGUCUUAGGCCAGGUCAGCAGACCUCGUUUGAAGUGCAGGUUCGCCCCGUUGAGGAUUAUCCUGUUGAUCUGUACUACCUGAUGGACCUUUCGCUAUCCAUGAAGGAUGAUCUGGAUACCAUUCGCAAUUUGGGAACAAAACUUGCUGAAGAGAUGAAGAAGCUCACUAGUAAAUUUCGUCUUGGCUUUGGGACGUUUGUGGAUAAGAACUUGUCUCCUUUUUCAUACACCGCUCCAAAGUAUAAGGAGAACCCCUGCACCGGAUACAAGCUGUUCCCAAACUGCGUCCCCUCCUUCGGGUUCCGCAAUCACUUGUCUCUGACUGACAAAGUGGACCGUUUCAAUGAGGAGGUGAAGAAGCAGGUGGUGUCACGGAACAGGGAUGCGCCUGAGGGUGGAUUCGAUGCUAUUCUACAGGCUGCAGUCUGCAAGAAGAGAAUUGGUUGGAGGAAGGAGGCCUAUCACCUGCUGGUCUUUGCUACAGAUGACGUACCCCACUUAGCUUUGGAUGGCAAACUAGCAGGCCUCGUUCAGCCUCAUGAUGGACAGUGCCACCUGAAUGAUGUAAACGAAUACAGCGCUUCAACCAAGAUGGACUACCCUUCAUUAGCUCUGCUUGGAGAGAAGCUGGCUGAAAACAACAUUUUCCUGAUUUUUGCAGUGACCAAAAGACAUUAUGUUCUUUAUAAGAACUUCACUGCAUUAAUUCCAGGAACUACAGUGGAGAUUCUUGACCAAAGCUCAAAAAACAUAAUCCAGCUGAUUGUCACUGCAUAUAAUGACAUCCGCUCUAAGGUGGAGCUGAGUGUGUGGGAUCAUCCUGAGGACCUCAGCCUGGCCUUCACUGCCACGUGUCAAGAUGGCAAGCCUCUUUUAGGCCUGAGCAAAUGUGCUGAUUUAAAGAUUGGAGACACGGUCUCCUUCAACAUAAGUGUGGCUGCAUAUAGCUGUCCUCCUCCAGGCACCCAGAAGAGUUUCACCAUUAAGCCCGUGGGCUUUAAAGACAGUCUGGAAGUCUCUGUGGAUUAUCGGUGUGAUUGCAGUUGCACACACUUCACUGAGGCCAAGAGUCAUCACUGCAGCUCUGUAGGCACCUACACAUGUGGAAUAUGCCACUGUGACCAGGGCUACCAUGGCGUCAACUGUGAGUGUGAGGAGGAAGAAGUUGGCAGCGUGAACCUCGCUGCCUGCCGUGAAGCUAAAGGCAAACAGGUGUGCAGCGGGCGCGGGGAAUGCAGCUGUAACUACUGCUGGUGCUAUGAGUCAGAGUUUGGCCAAAUCUAUGGCAGGUACUGCGAGUGUGAUGACUUCUCCUGCGCUCGCCAUAAGGGCAUUUUGUGUUCAGGUCAUGGUGUUUGUCACUGUGGGGAGUGUAUGUGUCAUGCUGGCUACGUUGGAGACAACUGUAACUGCUCAAUAGAAACAACUGGGUGUGUCACUGAAGAUGGCAGAAUGUGUAGUGGACGAGGCAGCUGUGUGUGUGGCCGCUGCCAGUGCACUGAGCCAGGGGCAUUUGGGGACUUGUGUGAGAAAUGUCCCACCUGCGGUGAUGCCUGUGCCACAAAGAGGGAGUGCAUCGAGUGCACCCUCUUCAGCACCGGGAAAUUUGCAGACAACCACACCUGUCAGCGCAUGUGCAAGGAUGAGAUCAUUGUCGUGGAGACUCUCGAUACGGAUGACCCAAACACUGUACUAUGUUUGUAUAAGACUGAGAACGAGUGCGUGAUGAAGUUCACCUACUCUGAACAUGCCAGUGGCCGGUCAAUCCUCACUGCUCUGAAGGAGCCAGUGUGUGCCGUUCCCCCUGAUGCUAAGACGGUGGUACUUGCAGUUAUGGGCAGUAUCCUGCUAGUGGGCAUUAUCCUGUUGGCUGCGUGGAAGUUAGUAAUCACCAUCCACGACCGGCGCGAGUUUGCCCGCUUCCAAAGCGCACGCUCACGGGCACGCUACGAGAUGGCCUCCAAUCCCCUCUACAAACAUCCAAUAUCCACUCACUCAGUGGAGACGGCAUUCCAGAUGCACAGCAAGUCAUAUAAUGGCAGACUUCACUGAUCUCAGGCCUGCUGGUAGGGGUGGGGACACGGCAGGACCGGUCCGGUUGACACAGUUUACAGUUUUGUGAUGGGGAACAGAGAUGGCCACUUCAUAAAAGACUUUGACAACAAAGUGUCAUUAGAGACUUUUUUUUUUUUCACCUGGUCCUUUUCAUGAGGUCUAAUAACUGAACUACAGCUGUACAAUAAGCUGGACUGCUUAUGCUCAUUAGUUUUCUCUGAUAGAAGACGUACUUGGAACAAAUGAAGAUCUUUUACUACAAAAGUGAUGGACUUCCAAACGAAUGGACUACUUGAGUGAAAUUGCCAAUUCUGCAGCUCUAACCACAAUUCCUCCAUGUUGAGGAUGCCGUGUGCAUUAAAGUUUACAGAGAAGUGAGAUGUUGAUGCCUUAAGUAGUAUAACUUUAUAGACAGCAUUCCUGUAUUUUAACCAAUGUUGGGUACUAACAGAGCAAUAACUUUCUUGCAUUUAGUUUUGCAUAUUGUAUGGGUUUAUAAAUUGAAGAGAGUGUAAAAAUACCACUCUAAAUAGUUGUCUCACAUUUGAACAAUUUUCAGUUAUAGUCCUCCAAGUGUUCUGCAGAAUAAUUAAAGAUUGAAUCAAGUCCAGUUAACACAGCUUACAGUUUUCUGGUGAGAUAUCUCUAUCUUGCACACCCAUCUCAGUGGAACUGGUGUAGGAGAGGUAAUAAACUAAAGGAUUAAUGCCAAUAUGUAAAUUUGUCCCCUAAGGCAGCUGGGCCAUAGAAGGUGCACGCUGCACGCUACACGCUACACGCGUGUAAAGAAAAGUGGACAAACGUAGCAUGACUUGCUCUGGGCCAUAGAACGGCGUUCACGUUGCACGCUGCACACUUCACGCGUGAAACGAGAAAUGAACAUGCACACUUUUUUCUAGGCGUGAAGAUGGAAAUUCCAGUCAAUGCAUGCGGUCACCGCCGCGCCAGCCAAUCAGAACGGGUCUAGGGAGAUAACGCUAUGCUUUCAGGGGAAAACUUCAGAAAAAAUAUAAUUGAAUGGUAUAAUUGAAAAAUAGUUCUUCAUCGGGAUUGUCAAGCAGAUUAUAGAAUGUUCGGUGAAAUUCACCACGGGUUUCUCUCAGAAGGAAGUGUUCUCGGCUCCAAAUUCUGUUCCUUUUUCUCUUCCUCUGUCUCAGUAAAAGCAGAAUGAGGCAAUCGUCGUCAUCCGAAGAGUCCAUAUUGUUGGUUACUCGGUCAAAGUAGAACAGACACAACACGUGAACAUCCAAGCAUGAAGUUUAAUGGCCCAGGGUCCGGUUCUUCACGUGAACGUGUAGCGUGUAGCAUGCAGCGUGCAGCGUGAACCUUCUAUGGCCCAGCUGCCUAAGGUUUUAUAUCUUAAAUAGUGCAUCAGACCUCUUAAGGUCAGUCAGUUGCUGUAUUAAUAAAAUAAGACGUCUGAGUAAUUGGAUUUUAAUUUGCACUGCAAUGACAGUAACAUCCACUUGUUUCCCAGUGACUCCGAUUAUCUCAUGUCUGCUCUUAGCUGAACCUCAUAUGAGCUGAAGGGGGAAAAUCUGAGUAAAUAAAUUAAGACCAGAUCUAACACAUUCUUAAAAAGGCUGUAGUGACUGGGCACUUCAGAGGGAGUGUGGAUCUGAGGGACUAAUGAUUUGUUUGGCCCUUUUCUGCAUGGAUGUCUCCAAUAAAUACAGUGGGUACGGAAAGUAUUCAGACCCCUUUACGUUUUUCA